UCUGUCUGCUGAGUUAUUCUUGAAGAGAUUUCGCUACAAAAUGUCAAUAAAUAUUGAUAUCAGACUUAAAAAGGCCUGUAAAAUUUUUCGCGAGGGGGAAAAUAUUAGUGGCUUGAUUCUGCUACAAACAAAUUCGGAUGUAAAGCAUGAUGGUAUAUUUCUGACAAUGGAAGGUGCAGUCAACCUACAACUAAGCUCAAAAACUGUUGGUAUUUUUGAAGCAUUUUAUAACUCAGUCAAGCCAAUACAAUUGGUUCAAUACACUGUAGAAGUUGUACCAGCAGGAAAAAUUCCUAGUGGGAAAACAGAGAUACCCUUUGAACUACCUCUUAAGCCUCGUGGCAACAAAUCUUUGUACGAAACUUAUCAUGGGGUUUUUGUGAAUAUACAAUACAUGUUACGCUGCGACAUUAAAAGGAGUUUCUUAGCAAAGGGUGUUAGCAAGUCACUUGAAUUUAUUGUGGAAGACAGAAGGCCUGUAAAAAAGACUGACAGAGAACAGAGUAAGGCUGUUUCUUUUAGGAUUAAGCCAGAGUCACUACAAAACACCAGGGAUAAAAGCAACGUGCCAAGGUUUUGCAUUUCUGGCAAGAUAGAUUCACUCAGCUGUCGAUUAUCAGAUCCAUUGAUUGGCGAGGUUGUUAUUGAAAGCUGUGAGACCGUUAUCAAAUCUGUUGAACUGCAAUUGGUAAGAGUAGAAACUUGUGGAUGUGCAGAGGGAUAUUCUAGAGAUGCUACGGAAAUUCAGAACAUUCAAGUUGGUGAGGGAAACGUGUGCACAGGACUAGCUAUUCCAAUUUAUAUGGUUUUUCCACGAUUAUUUACCUGUCCUACAUUAAGCACCAGUAACUUCAAAGUCGAAUUUGAAGUUAAUCUAAUUGUUGUGUUUGAAGAUGACUAUCUUGUGACGGAAAACUUUCCUAUUAUCCUAACAAGGCAUUAAACGUUGUUAACUGUACAGUU